AUGGCUUCUUUUUUCAACUACUAUGUUUUCUUCUUUGCCAUUCUUUUAUCUACUUCCUCUGCUCAAAAUGGCCUAAUCCUUCCCAUUAGAAAGGAUACCAAUACCUUACAACAUUACACCUCAAUACAAAUGGGAAGCAACCGUGCCAUGAUUAACACAGUAAUCCAUCUUGCAGAACAAUUCUUGUGGUUUGAGUGCGAUAAUUAUACCUCAUCCACCUACGCUCCGAUACCUUGUGACACACAAAAAUGUAAAAUAGCUAAGGGGUCUGGAUGCCAGGUGGAAUGUCACGGACCUCAGCGCCCUGGCUGCACCAACAACACCUGUGGUGCCUCUACUUUUAACCCAUUCGAGAGUUUUAUUCAUGGUGGAACUUUUGGAGAGGACACAUUAUACUCCAAAGAUCAUAUGGGGGUGCCCCAAUUUUCCUUUGCUUGUACUAACUCAGAUUACAAGAAGGGUCUAGCCAGUGGUACUACUGGGAUACUAGGACUCGCAAGGACUCAAAUUUCAUUGCACAAACAGAUUGCAAAUAAGCUCAAUUUACCAGAAAAGUUCUCUCUAUGCCUUCCAUCUUCAGGACUCGGGAAAUUGUAUGUUGGUGGAGGAUCAUCAAGCAAAUCAGACGUGUCGAAAUCACUCAUCACAACACCCCUCAUCAUAAACCCUGUAAGUACUGGACCUGCUUCUUUUGUCCAGGGUGAACCUUCUGAUGAAUAUUUUAUAAAUGUACAGUCCAUCAAAGUCCAAGGAGAACCUCUUUCUGUCAAAAGUUCUUACUUUAUCAUUGACAAAGAUGGCGUUGGAGGCACCAAAAUAAGUACCAUUAACAAUUUUACUUCACUGCAUUCUUCCAUCUACAAACCUUUAACCAGGGCUUUCAUCAAGGCAGCGUCUGAUAUGAAGAUCAAAAGCAUCAGCGCAGUAGCGCCAUUUAGAGCAUGUUUCAGAUCCUCCACCAUUUCCAUCACUGCCACCGGUCCUUCUGUUCCAACAAUUGAACUAGUUUUACCCGGGAAUGAUGUUUCUUGGAAGAUAUAUGGUGCCAAUUCAAUGUUUCCAGUCAAUAAGAACGUUAUGUGCCUUGCAUUUGUGGAUGGAGGGUCGAGUCCAAGAACCUCAAUUUUUCCAAGUACCUCAAUUAUCAUAGGGACAUAUCAGUUAGAGGAUAAUUUGCUUGAGUUUGAUCUUGUCUUGUCACAAUUUCGCUUUAGCUCUUCACUUUUAGUCCAGAACAAGACUUGUUCCCGCCUUUAA